UUGCACAUAUACUAGACUCGUUUUCUUUGCAAUAAGAAAUGUAGGUACUCAUAUCGUUCCCAACAAAAGGCUAUAUUCAGAACCUUAUCUAAUCAAAUUGUUCGGUGGAGGGUUCCGAGAAAUUUCCACCUCUGAGUUCCCUUUUCGCCCUGGGUCUGUUUGGGUUCCCUCUGUUCCCCUCAAGUAAUCAUCUCGACAGCAGACACAAUGGGAUAACAAAAGUUUUGUCUCGUCUCUGUCCAGUUUAUUCCCUGCCUUUAUUCCCUACCCCUCUGUUCAGUUGGCCCAUUUGCCCUGACUUUUCGGACGGGUAAUUCACGUGGCACUAAUUGAAUUAGUUAACCGACUUUUGAGUCGGAUUCGUCUUUAUCCGUGCACUUGGAAACGAUACCGUUAAACAUGAUGAACUUGCAAUAGAAUGCAAAGUGCGCAAUUAACAAGUUGCUUGAAUAUACGUAACCUCUUUAAGAAAAUGUAAAAUAUCAGUUUAAUAAGUACACCCAGACCAACUCAAGGGCCUGUUGAAAGGUCGGUGUGGUGCGUUGGAAUUUUGGAUUUCUGUCUGAACUCAACAGCUGCUGCCUUGCACACUAACUAAACAGAUAACAAUGUGGACCAACUUAGUUUCAUUUAUUGGAGCAGUUUUACUUUUUAGAUUCGUAUUAAAUGAAGCAGUUGUCUUUAAGUUUACAAAUUUUGAAUGUAAAAGUUACAAUUUGUCGUGGUUCGUUUUUCACAAUUACCGUCUGAAGGCCGUCAGUCGUGAUCGGGUGCUGCUCAAUAUGAAUGGAACUGUUCUCCACCCGGUCAAUAACAUUCAGCUUCAUGCCAAAAUCUUAAAAAAGGCCAACGGUUUUAAGCCUUGGAUACUUGAGUCCACUGUAGACGCCUGCAGAUUUAUGCGAAAGCGUUACGAUCCAUUCACGAUCAUCGUCUACAAUAUUUUCAAAGAAUUCACCAACAUCAAUCACACCUGUCCGUAUGUGGGUCCGCAAAUUGUGAAAGAUUUCUAUCUGAAAUCGGAACUAUUGAUUCUGCCCUUUCCAUCUGGAGAGUAUAUGUUAACGAUGCAGUGGCACUUCCAUUCGAAACGGCAAUUCGAUACAAAUGUCAGUUUUAUUUAUAUGGAGGAUCUGCUAAAGAGGAAUUAGUAUUGAAUUACAAUUAAAAUACACUACAAACCCUUUUAAAAUUUCUUAAAAAUAAAUUGCCUUUUGCGAAGCCGAUUCAGUAAAUAAAAAUGAGAUCCAUUUGACUAAAAAGUAAACAGAACAACUUCUUCUUGCAUCUCGGGUAAAUAAGUUGGAAAAUAUCUAUUUAAAAUGAAUUUGUAUUAAGCCAAUUAAUACCCACAUAAAAAUUAGAUUAAAAAUCCAAAAGUUCAUGGCAAUUUUGUGUUAUGAGCUGCGUUAAUUACCUGGAUCAAAUAUUAAAAUUCAAGGAAAACAACGCUAAUUGAAGCAAACUUAUGCUCUUAAUUAAUUUAAAUUUUUGUACCUGGUAGCUUUAUGAAAAUGAAGAAACAGCCGAGGAAAGACUGAGAAUGGGAGUGUGAGGUAGAGUCCUUGAUGCUUGAAACGCUCGAAAAAGCCCUCAGCAAUAAAUUAAAGUCAACAAAUGCUAGCGCUGAUUAGUUAGCUAUCGAUGUCAGCCAGGUAAAUAACAAAGUUUAACAAAUUACGUCAGGCUCGAAUCGAAACGGCUAAUAAAAAAAUUUGCAAAUCAAUGCAAAUGACGGGGCAAACAAUGAAGGGCGAAGGGGAGUUGGGAACCGGGGGACUUUGAUAGGUGGCCGCACACAAAACCGAAAGCAGAAUUAAUUAAGCAAAGUGCGAGGGGCAAGAGAAAGGGGGCGGGCCCGAGAUUAGCAAAAGAUGUCAGUGUGUCACAAGGAUGCCGAUAAACGAGUUUUUCCCUCUUUCGAUUUUGAAUAUUAGACAAAUCAAAUUAGUUUUUUUUUUGCCAUCGAAACAGGAAAAACGGGAAAAUAAGGCCAAGUGCUGAUAUCGAAGUCUAGAUGCUCUGCAAAUCACUACAAGCAUUCAGUCGAUCUUUAGUUGCUGUUGAUAUUAGUAACGUUUAUAUUAAGAAAUAAAAUGCGGUAAAAUACAUUUAUUUUCGUAUUUUAU